AUGUAUCGCCGCCUCCCCGUAUUGCCGCCUCCACGUCUCGCCGCCUCCACGUCUCGCCGCCUCCACGUCUCGCCGCUUCGCCGCCUCCCCGUCACGCCGCCUCCCCGUCUCGCCGCCUCCCCGUCUCGCCGCCUCCCCGUCUCGCCGCCUCCCCGUCUCGCCGCCUCCACGUAUCGCCGCCUCCACGUAUCGCCGCCUCCACGUAUCGCCGCCUCCACGUAUCGCCGCCUCCACGUAUCGCCGCCUCCACGUAUCGCCGCCUCCACGUAUCGCCGCUUCCCCGUCUCGUCGCUUCUCCGUCUCGUCGCAUCAACUUCCCUGCAGUGCACCGAGCUACAGAGUCCUCAGUUCCAAUCAAGCUACUGUAACAAUAGAACACCAUGUAUAAACAUCCUCUUGAUUCAGAUGGCACAUCAAACUCUGUGUCCCCUUAUAAGUGGCUGGAAGCACCUGUAUUCAGGCCAGAGGGAGAGCGAGGCAUUUCCACCUUGA